AUGUCAGGGGGCGAGAUACAUAUGAAAGCAGGAGAAGACAUUGAGACCACAUCCGGUCACCAGAUAGGCACGGCUGACGAGGCGCGUCUUGAUGCAGCCGCGAAUUUUCUCGCACUCCAUGAGCAUGAACAUGGAUCUUACUCGGACGCCGAGGCUAGGUCUGUGCUUCGAAAGGUAGACUGGAUUAUGCUGCCAAUGAUGUUUGUUACAUCAACUAUCUGUGCUCUUGACAAAAACCUCCUCUCGAAUGCAGCUCUAUACGGAAUGAAACAGAGCACCCAUCUUGUGGGCCAGCAGUAUAGUUGGAUUGGAUCCAUCUUGUACAUCGGCUUUGCGAUCGGUGAGGUUCCGGCCCAAUAUCUCAUUCUAAAGCUUCCAGUCGCCAAGCUUCUCGCCGCUACGACUAUCUGUUUUGCUGUCCUAACGGUGCUCAUGAGCGCUUGCCAAAAUGCUGGGAGCCUUAUGGCAGUCCGAUUCCUCAUGGGUAUCUUCGAGGCAUUUAUAGUACCAUGUUUAUACAUUGUGACGGCCAUGUGGUGGCGAAGACCUGAGCAGCCAAUAAGACUAGCACUUUGGUACUCACAACUGGCAUCCAUUUUCACAGGCUUCAUAUCGUAUGGAAUUGGCAGAACUCAAACCACGAUAGACAGCUGGAGACUGUUAUUCAUCGUCCUCGGAGGCUUCACAUUCCUCUGGGGGUUCUGCAUUCUAGCAUGGUUUCCGGACAGUCCUCUAACGGCGCGUUUCUUGACCGACCGGCAGAAAUAUAUCGCUGUUCACAGAACAAGGGACAAUAAGACAGGCCUCGAGAACAAAGUCUUCAAGUCUUAUCAAGUCCAAGAGGCGCUGUCAGACUUGCGAACCUGGACACUUUUUGUUUAUGUCCUGACUUGCGUUUUUGCCAAUGGCGGGCUGACCGUCUUUUCUGCUCAAAUCGUCAGUAGUUUGGGUUUCGACAGACUGCAAACAGUGCUCUUGGGUAUGCCAACUGGUGUGAUGAUGUCGGUGUCUGCUGUGCUGGUUGCAUGGCCCAGCUUGCGCUUCGAAAAUGUCCGCAUCAAGCUCAGUGUGAUUUUCUCGCUAUCGCCAUUGAUUGGUACAUUGUGUAUCAAGUACCUCCCAGAAUCCAAUGUUAUUGGGCGUCUGCUGUCAUACUAUUUUAUCUAUGUCUAUUACGCGGCAUUCCCAGCUGCCUUCUCCUUAGCAAUGGCCAAUACAUCCGGCCACACCAAGAAGGUCACCGUAAACGGCAUUUUAAUGGUGGCCUAUUGUAUUGGAGACAUCAUUGCACCCCAAUUUUUCAUCGAAUCUGAAGCGCCAGGAUACCGGACGGGAUACGACGCGCUAAUCGCUGGCUCCACUAUUGCGAUUGCUGCGCUCAUCAUGUACGAGAUUGUUGUCCGUAUCGAGAAUAGGAAGAGGGAUGCUAGUUUUGGUAAAGUUGAGACUAUGGAAGUGGACUACGACGAUCUCCUGGACCUCACUGAUAGCAAAAGAAGAAUUUCAGGCUAG